AUGGCGACGAGUACUUUCGGCGGGAAACAUGCCUCUCGGCCGACUUUGUCGCGCGUUAUAGUACCAGCAGUUCGCCAUCGAGUAAUCCGUGUGGCUACGACGCGCGUUCCUCGAUGGGUUUUAGUGUCACAUGAAGAAUAUAACACAGGAUACAAGAAGCGACAUAAAGUGAGGAGCAGCUGUGUCCACAUCAUGGAAAUGCUCUCGAGGAAACUUUACAGCAACCCAUUUACGAUCUGCAUAGAGGGCAACAUUGGAAGUGGCAAAACGACAUUCCUGAACCACUUCCAGAGCUUCAACAAUGCCACAAUCCUGCAGGAGCCAGUGGACUUGUGGCGAAAUGUGGCUGGAGUCAACUUGUUGGAUCUCUUCUACAAGGACCCAAUAAAUUAUGCCUUCCUAUUUCAAUCGUAUGUUCAGUUGACUAGGUUACAGUUGCAUACUGUGAGUACAGCGUCACCCUACAAAGUUAUGGAGAGAUCCAUAUUCAGUGCUAGAUGUUUCCUAGAAAACAUGAAACGUACACACAUGAUAAAGGAUGUAGAAACAAAAGUUUUAGAAAAAUGGUACGAUUGGUGCUUGGAAAACACCAAUAUAAGAACAGAUUUAAUAGUAUAUCUGAGGACAACGCCUGAAGUUGUGUUUCAUAGAAUGCAAGCACGUGCGCGUAAGGAAGAAGACUCUGUGCCAUUAGAGUAUCUGCGACAAAUUCAUGAGAUUCACGAGGACUGGCUUUACAAUCAGACUCUGUUUCCUGUACCGGCGCCGGUGAUGAUUGUAGAUGGUGACAAAAGUCUCGAGGAAAUGAUGCCACAGUUCGAGAAAUGUAAAGAUCGGAUACUUAACGGGCAAACCGAGGGCACGGCAAACACCAGAAUAGUUUUAAAUACUAAAGCUUAAUGUAUACUGUGCAACACUAUUCUAUUUAUUUGACAAUUAUAUAUUAAUUAUAGAUAUUUUCAUAAUAAUCGAUAAGCAAAGUAAUUGCA